AUGAGUGAUGACAACUCGGAUUCACUGUAUUUUACACCGCUGUAAGUUUUUAUCCGGGAAAAUUUUGGGGAUUUUCUAUGGCUUGUGAAGAAAAUUCGAUUUUUUUGCAGAGGUUCUGGACAGGAAGUUGGGCGAUCAUGUCAUUUGCUGGAAUACAAGGGAAAACGUGUUAUGGUGAGUUUUUCAGUUGAAAAUAUUGAUUUCUUAUUGAAAAUUAGGUGAAAAGCAUUAUUUUCAGUCUGAAAUUUCAGCUAGAUUGUGGUGUGCAUCCAGGACUUCAAGGUGUCGAUGCUUUGCCGUUUGUUGAUUUUGUGGAUGUGGAGAAUAUUGAUUUGAUGUUGGUGAGUUGGAUUUUGUAUGGAAAAUCAUGAAAAAUUGCGAUUUUCAACUGAAAAUAACGUAAAAUUACGAUUUUUCACUCAAAAUUCAUCAUUUUCCAUUUCAGAUCACCCAUUUCCAUUUGGAUCAUUGUGGCGCACUUCCGUGGUUUUUGCAAAAAACCGCAUUUCGUGGAAAAUGUUUUAUGACGCAUGCGACGAAAGCGAUUUAUCGAAUGUUGUUGGGAGAUUAUAUUAGAGUAGGUUUUUUUUUUUGAAGAAAAUUCAAAUUUUCUACGUUUCCCGCCACAUUUCCUCACCCCGCCAAACUCUAAAAAUUCAAAUUUCCUCUCUUCAGAUAUCCCGCUACGGUGGCUCCGACCGCAACCAGCUCUACACUGAAGAUGAUCUCGAAAAAUCGAUGGCAAAAAUCGAGGUUAUCGAUUUUCGAGAGCAGAAAGAGGUGAAUGGCAUCAAAUUUUGGCCGUAUGUUGCUGGACACGUUUUGGGAGCUUGUAUGUUUAUGAUUGAGAUUGCUGGUGAGUGAAAUUGGAGCAUUUUGAUACCAAAUAUGGCCUAGAAUUUGGAAAAUUUAGUUUACUAGGCCAUGCUGAGCAUUUUGAUACCAAUUAUGGCCUAGAAAUACAGAAAUUGGUUUUCUAGGCCACUCUAAUGCUUCUUCUUCGUUUCAGGAGUUCGAACCCUCUACACCGGCGAUUUUUCAUGUAUGGAAGAUCGUCAUUUAUGCGCGGCCGAAGUUCCGCCAAUUUCACCGCAAGUUUUGAUCACCGAAUCCACGUAUGGAACACAACAUCAUGAAGAUCAGGAUUUGAGAGAGAAACGAUUCACGCAAUUGGUAAGGAAAUUUGAGAUUUUGUGCGAAAAUUUGGGAAAUUUUGAGCCUAAACAUGUUAGGAUUCAAAAAAUUUGAAAAAAUACUCACAUAAUUUUCAAAAAUUGAAACCUAAAAACUUCAGAAGCUUUGAAAAAUUUUAAAAACUGAAUUUUGAGUCGAAAAUCCACGUGGAAUUUGAAUUUUCUGAAAAUCUGACUUUUGAGCUCGAAAUCCACGUGGCCCGAAUUUUUUUCCAAAAAAAAAAAAUUAAAACGUGAAAUACUUUACGUGUAUUUUCUCUCAAAUUCAACAUUUUUCUCAUUUUGCUCUAAAAUUGUAUCAGAAACAGGUGAGAUCUUCAAAAUCUCUUGAAAUUUCCAAUUUUUCCAGGUUCAUGAAAUUGUUGGUCGCGGUGGUCGUUGUCUAAUUCCGGCUUUUGCUCUCGGCCGAGCCCAAGAGCUUUUAUUGAUUUUGGACGAAUAUUGGGAAGCACAUCCUGAAUUGCACGAAAUUCCAGUUUAUUGUGGGUUUUUUGGGGGAUCUUAAGGAGCGGCGGCUUGCGGGAAAAUGUUGGCAAGCAGCGGUGCCUUGGGAGAAUUUUUGGCAAGUUGCGAGCUCUUAAGAGUUUAAUCUGGUUCCCAAGUCGCUGCUCCUAAAGAUGCGCAUGUAUGCUCAAGGGAUGGCGCCUUUUCGUUCCAAUUUUGCUCCCAAGUAGUGGACUUUUGACAAUCGUAUUUUAUUUCAAAGCAUCUGUCCCUUGACAUUCAUAACUUUCUCCCAAGAAGCAAGCCCUUGCCAACUUUAUAGUUUUCAAGCAGCCGUUCUUUGACGCCCUGAAUUUGCUCUCAAGCGGCUACUGCUUGACUUAUCGAAUGAUUCAUGAGCAGCGGCUCCUUGACACUCUAAACUUGCUCUCAAACAGCCGCCCCUUCACCCUCUUGUCCUGCUCCCAAGCAUCCACCCCUUUACAACUUUUCCAGACGCAUCCUCUUUGGCCAAAAAAUGUAUGGCUGUCUAUCAAACUUUUGUCAGUGGAAUGAAUCAACGGAUUCAAAAACAGAUCGCCGUCAAAAACCCGUUCAUUUUCAAACAUGUUUCAAAUUUGAAAGUGAGUUUUGAAUGUUCACUGACGCAUUUUUGAAGUUCUACCAAAAAUGCGUCAACAAACCUCUUUACUGACCCAUAUUUUUCCAGGGAAUGGAACAUUUCGAAGAUUCGGGCCCGUGUGUAGUUCUAGCCUCACCCGGAAUGUUGCAAACUGGUCUAAGUCGAGAAUUGUUUGAAAGUUGGUGUACAGAUUCGAAAAAUGGAUGUAUUAUUGCUGGAUAUUGUGUCGAAGGAACAUUGGCCAAGGUUGGUGGAUUUUGAAGCUGAAAUUAGAGAUUUUUUUGAAUUUUGGGUGCCAAAACCAUUGAUUCUUGCAGCACAUCCUUUCGGAUCCUGAAGAAAUUGUUGCGAUGAAUGGAGAACGUCUUCCAAUGCGAAUGCAAGUUGGAUAUGUCUCAUUUUCGGCUCACACUGAUUUUGUGCAAACUUCGAAUUUUGUGAAAGCGCUUAGGCCUCCGCAUUUGGUGAGUUUUGAAAUUUGCGUUAAAAUGUACCUAAAUAUGGCUAAAGUUACUUUAACUACAUUAAGCUUCUCGAAAUUUGCAUUAAAAUGAACCUAAAUAUGGCUAGAGACUUUAACUACCUUAAGGUUCUUGAAAUUUGGGUUAAAAGGAACCUAAACACCCCAAUUUUAUCCCUUAUUACCCUAACUACUUUAAGGUUCUUGUGCACGGCGAACAACACGAAAUGGGCCGCCUAAAAUCCGGAAUCGAACGACAAUUUUUGGACCUUAACAUUCCUAUUGAGGUACAGUAUUCCUAAUUACAGUACUCCAUAAAUUCUUCUUAUUUUUAAAGGUACAUAACCCGCGAAAUACUGAACGAAUUGAGCUUGAAUUUCGAGGUGAAAAAACGGCGAAAGUUGUCGGAACACUGGCCAAGAGAAUCCCAGAGGUAAGAUUACUGUAGCUUGGAAUACUGUAGCGAUAUUUUUGUAGAACAAUGAAGUGAUAAGCGGUGUUUUGGUGAAGAGGAAUUUCUCGUAUUCGAUUAUGGAUCCGAAAGAUUUGGUGGUGAAUACGUCGCUGAGAAUUUCGAAAAUGAAUCAGAAACAAUCGAUUUAUUAUGCUGGAACUAUUCGAUGUUUAUUGCAUAAUUUGAGGUGGGAUUUUUGGGCUGAAAUGGGCUUUGGAAUGAGUAAAAAUAGGCCUGGUUUGGCCUGGGAGAGUGGGCUUCAAAUUAAAUAUAAAUAGGCCUGGAAGAUAGGGCCUAAAAUAAGUCCGCAUCUAGGUUUUUUUUUAAAUCAAGCCUUUCAUAAUUUUUUUCCAGACAACUCAACGAUGAUGCAGUGUUGGUACUUCAGGCGAAAAUCAGUGAACUCAAAGAGAAUAUGCCGAGUCAUGUGAUUCAUUUGUUUGCGGUAAGCGAUUGGGGCUUGACAGAGGCGGUGUCAAGGAGUGGCGCCUUGAAGUCCAUUUCUACCUGAAGCAUCCACUCCUUGACUACUCAUCUCUCAAGUAAUCACCCCUUGACCUCUAUUUUUUUCUUUUCAGGGAGCCGUCGAAAUCGCAUUCUACAGUCAGAAUCAUGUUUGCCUAGUUCAAUGGGAAUCGAAUCCGGUGAAUGAUAUGUACGCUGACGCAACAUCUGCCGCAAUUUUGCACGCACAAUCAAAUCAGAUUUUGGAUAAAUGUGAGUGGAAAAUUUGGAAUUUUCGUGAAAUUUUGAGCGGGAACCUUGGAAUUUCGAGCAGCUUUUCUAUCCAAAAUUUCAGAUUUUUGAUGAUUUUUAGCCAAACAGUUGAUUUUUUCCAGAUUUGCCUGAAUACGAUUCGUUUCCGAAGUUUGAGAAUGCUAUUGAAGGAAUGGUUAAAGAUGUGAGUUUUUCUAGGAAAUCCACGUGGCAACUGAAAUUCUUGAAUUUUCCAGAUUUGUGGCGAUGAAGCGAGUGUUGUUGAAGAUGUUGGUGGAUUAACUGUGAAAUUUGAAGAAGACGCCAGAAGAAUGAUUAUUGAACCAAAUGGAGGUUUGUAUUGAUUUUUACCUGAAAAUUGUGCUGAAAUUCGAAAAUUUCGCUGAAUUUUACCCUAGAAAUCUCUAAUUUUCAACCCAUCCUGUUUUUUUCCAGAAGCUCCACAAAUUGUUGAUGAAAGUGCUGAAACUACACAUAUUUUACAGCAAUUGACGGCGAAAAUGCGACAGGUUUGUUGAUUUUUUGUGUAGUUCUCUUGGAAUUCAUUUUUUGACUUGCAGAUUGUCACCUCGAAUACGGCGAAUAAUGAAAAUUUGGAGCAAAUCGAACCGAUGGAUAUUUAA